AAGCAGAUCCCGGUGUGACCGUCAGGUAAAGAAGUAACACCACAUUCCUGUUACAUUCAGCCUAAUCAGUUGCUGCAAAGUUACAUAGGACUAUCAGCCGUAUUUCUAUAUUCAUAAGAUUGUGGCGUCCAAGCGAAAGUAAUUUCUCCAUGGGGGGGACAGGAACUAGGACAUGUCGCCUUAAUGGAGGACCUCUGGAGCUGCUGGUUCUAGUCUGGGUCCUGGUUUUGUCUGGACCGACACUGGGACAGGAACAAGGGUCCGAUGUUAAAGUGGUCGUUAGAGAAGACAGCGACGUGGUGUUGCCCUGUUCUCUCAGCACCAAGAAGUGCGUUGUAACGGAGGUCUUUGAUUGGAGGAAAGAUCCUCAGAAACCCGAUGGUCUGAAGGAGGUGUUCCUGUAUGACGCUGGCAUCCAUUACAACAACGGUCGUCCAGGUCAGAGUGAAGAGUUCAAAGGUCGAGUCUCUCAUUUUCAAAAUGAACUGAAACACGGCAACGCCUCCAUAAUCAUCAGAAAUACAAAGAUAUCUGACAGUGGAGUCUACACCUGUUAUUUUCCUCGUCUUCAGCCACGUCAAACAUUCUACAUUAACCUUGUUGUUGAACGAGUCUUCAAAGACCGAUCAGGAGAAAACCCAGCUGCUUCUCCAGAGCCGUACAUCAGGACCCUGAACGCCACAUCUGACUCAGCGCUGCUGCAGUGUGAAGUCCGAAGGGCAACUCCAAAACCCAAACUAGAAUGGAGGGACGGGGCUGGAAACCCACUUCCUGCUGAGGAGACACGGACCUCAGAAAGAGGAGACAGCUACAACAUCACCCUCGUCACCACGGUGAACAAGACAGACAACUACCGCUGUGUCGUCACCCAGGAGGAAAUCAGCCAUCAGACUCAGGCUGAGACCUUUGUUCAUAUCUGUGGGAAAGUGUGUGAGUACUCAUCCAGGGAAGCAUUCGGAUGGAUUGGUGGAUUAUCUUUGGUAGCUCUGGUUCUUGGUCUAGUUCUAGCUCUGCUUGUUGUUACAAAUAUCAUCUCAGUACGCUGCAAUAAAGGUUCUCGUCAGCAGAGAAAGGGUUUGCAUGAAAAUGCAUCAGAGAUGCUAUAACCACAAAAUGUACGGUGACUUUACAUGUACGAGUGUUGUAAAAGUGUUUGUGUGUUUAUUUACUAUCUUUAUGAGAACCAGUUUGAAUUUUAGUCCUUAAGAGUUUGGACAUUUUUGGAAAGUAAAGCAAAUUUGUUCCGACCUAAUUUUCAGAAAUACUCUGACCUGUUAGGGUUAAACAUUUAGAUGUUUAACCCAUGUUAGAUGUUUGAUGUUUGAAUUUAUUAUUUCAACCAGUGUCCUCACAAGAAUAGAAGUACGGUGUGUAUCACUGUGUAAAUAACGUGAGUGUAAAUCUGCAUCAUGUUGCCUUAUGGGAGAUCUUUGUGAGACUUAUUAUGGUCUGUUGGUGGUUGGACCUACAUAAAAUAAAUAUUAAUAAUAAUAAUUAAUAA